AUGGACAACGGAUCCGAGAAGCAGAUCGCCGUUCUGUACCCCGUCGGCGGCGUCGGGCACAUCGGCCCGAUGACGCAGCUCGCCAAGGUCUUCCUCCGCCACGGCUACGACGUCACCAUGGUGCUCAUCGAGCCGCCCAUCAAGUCGACCGACUCCGGCGCCGGCUUCAUCGAGCGUGUCGCCGCCUCCAACCCGUCCAUCACCUUCCACGUCCUGCCGCCGAUCCCUCCCCCGGACUUGGCCAGCUCCACCAAGCACCCUUUCCUCCUCAUACUGGAGCUGAUGCGCCGGUACAACGAGGAGCUCGAGAGCUUCCUCCGCUCCAUCCCCGGGAGCGCCUGCACUCCCUCGUCAUCGACCUGUUCUGCACCCACGCCAUCGACGUGGCAACGAAGACAGACGGGCCUCAAAGAACUUGGGGACACGCCCCUCGAGUUCCUUGGGGUCCCGUCCAUGCCGGCGUCCCAUCUCGUCACGUCGCUGCUGGAGAGUCCGGAGGACGAGCUGUGCAGGACCAUGAUGCAGAUCUUGGAGCGCCACGCGGACACCCACGGCGUUCUGGUCAACACGUUCGAGUCGCUGGAGAGCCGGGCCCUGCAGGCGUUGAGGGAUCCCCUGUGCGUUCCCGGCCAGGUGCUGCCUCCAGUUUACUCCGUCGGGCCGUUGGUUGGCACGGGCUUGACGAUGGACAAGCAGGAAGGAGCCAGAGCGCAGCGUGGUGUUCCUCUGCUGGGGAGCAAGGGCGCCCUACCAAAGGAGCAGCUCAAGGAGAUCGCCGUUGGCCUGGAAAGAUGUGGGCAACGGUUCCUAUGGGUCGUGCGCACGCCGGCAGGCAGCGACGGGCCCAGAAGAUACUGGGAGCAACGUGCCGAGGCGGAUCUGGACGCGCUCUUGCCGGAGGGCAUCUUGGAGCGGACCAAGGGCCGCGGCCUCGUCGUCACGUCAUGGGCGCCGCAGGUGGAUGUGCUCAACCACCCCGCUACGGGCGUAUUCGUCACCCACUGCGGGUGGAACUCGACGCUGGAGGCGAUCGCGGCGGGGGUGCCGAUGCUGUGUUGGCCACUGGCGGGCGCGGAGCAGAGGAUGAACAAGGUGUUUGUAACCGAGGACAUGGGCGUCGGGGUGGAGAUGGAGGGCUACAUGGCAGGUUUCAUCAAGGCUGAAGAAAUAGCGGGAAAAGUUAGGCUAGCGUUGGACGCCGAGGAGGGGACGAGGCUUAGGAAACGAGCAGUGCAGCUGAAUAAAGAAACGCAGGAAGCGCUGGAGGACGGUGGCUCGUCGCAGGCGGCAUUUCUCCGAUUCUUGUCAGAUGUUGCAAGUCUUUAG